AUGGACUCAGAUGAUAACCGUUCAGAGUCUCUGUUUGAUGAGGCGAACUCGAUAUAUAAAAUCAACGACGUCUCUGUUGGAGGAAGUGUGAAUAAUGAUGGGAGGCGGAGCGACCGCGACAAUAUCAGCAAAGAUCAGGUUCGAGGUCCUGAUGGUUGGCCACCUGAGGUUACUAAGCUGCAUGAGAAAAUCCAAAGCCAUCUUUCUCACUUCAAGUUGAUCUUGGAGUUGUGGCGCCGGAGAGCUGAUGAGUUAGCUAGCGAAGUGAGCAGCAUGAUGGAUGCAAAGAUCUUGGCUCCCCACAAAACUCUCCAAGACAAGCUGCAGGAGAUGGAACUGGAGAUCUCGAGUUUGAAGUUGAAGCUGCCUGCUCCUCCCAAUCUUUUGAAGGCCAAAUCAAGCACGCCUGGCCUACCCAAGGUUGCGGCAGAUUCAAAGAGCGGCCAGAUGUUUCCAAAACUGCAAGACAGAUUCAAAAUGUCCACGAGCCGAACUGCCCAGGGCGUGCGGCAACUUUAUGAUGGAUUGGAUGACAAAUCCAAGAAUCGCUUGCUGUGUCUCACAGCUUUCCCGGAAAAGGCAGUCAUAAAGAAAAGGGUUCUCAUCAAUUGGUGGGUUGGGGAGGGAUUCCUAGUCCCGGAUUCAAACCAAUCCAUGGACAUUGAGAAAGCUGCGGAAAAUUUCUUCAAAGAGCUCGGCGAGAAGGGCUUCAUCAUGCUAGUUCAUAAGAAGGGAAAGCGGCGAAGCCCUGUCCCCAACAGCUGCCAGCUCCACCCAUUUAUGCGGCGGGUCCUGAUAACUUUAGCAAAGGAGGCUAACUUCCUGGACUUCGAUUCCCAGGGUAAUGCGACGCCAACGUACUCUCAGUGCACCAGGGCAUGCUUGGUCGAAGGUGGACAACUCUCGAAGCCAAUGUUAGUGAGCGGGGCACGGAAAUUACAGAUAUUGUUCAACAUGAAUGAGCAGUUUCUCGAUUUGAAACUGGAUUCGUUUACUAGUUGCAAAGUUGUUCACCUAGGCCGGUGGGUGGUGUCCCCGGAUCAUAACAUCGACGUGGACGAUGCGCCAUCCCUGUUGAGAGGAAUUGGCGCGAUGAAGAGUCUGAGAUACUUGAGCCUUCAAGGUCUGGCAAAGAUUGCAAAACUUCCUGCUUCUAUUUGCCAGCUUUAUGAACUGACAAUACUCGAUCUAAGAGCAUGCCAAAGACUGGAAAAACUUCCCGAGGAAAUUGGUUCUCUAGAGAAACUCGCGUACUUGGACUUCUCCGAGUGCUACAUGAUCAGCCACAUGCCCAAGAGUCUCAGAGACCUGCGGCAGCUCCAAGUGCUCAAGGGGUUUGUGCUUUACCAAGACGGAAAACAAAACGAAGAAUCUUGCGUGCUCUCUGAUUUGGCAAGUAUGCCGAAAUUGUGGAAAUUGAGUUUGCGACUGGAUAAAGCAGAUGAAUUAGGAGAUAAACAUAAAGAAGAUUUAUCCAAGUUGCCUGAACUGAAGUCAUUGACGAUUACAUGGAUCCAAGCUCCUAAGAAAUCCAGCUCAUCUCCCAGGGGAACGGAAGGCAACUCGAAGAGAUGCCUGAAAUCCUCUAAGAAGCACAAGAAAUCCGACAACAGUUGGAGCAGAGGCGAGCCUUCUUCCGAGCCUUUUCUUGGUAAGCUGAUGAAGCUAGACUUGCGUGGCUACCCAAGACCUUCCUUGCCAAAGUGGCUAACUCGUGCAGAAGCAAAAAAUCUGGAGAAGCUCUACAUCAGAGGAGGUAACCUUGCGAAACUCGACUGUGAUUCUUGCCUUUCUGAUCCUUGGUUGGUCAGGUUCUUGCGACUCAAGUUCCUCCCUAACUGCGAGAUCGAGUGGUUGGACCUGCGAGCCCAUUUCCCAUCUCUGGUCUACUUGGAAAAGUUUCAGUGUCCAAAGCUCCAGUUCUUCCCUUGCGAUGGCUAUGGCGUGUGGAUGAAUCCCCAUGCUAAGGAAGAGGAAUGA